CAUGCCCCGGACCGGUCGACUACCGGUAGCAAAAGUGGUCAAAAAGAUCAGUUGUAAAUAAACACAGAAACGCGUUUGGAAUGGCAUCGCUUGUGUCAAGAUCCACGAGUCUUCACCGUGCCAUUCGUUUGGCUACAUGCGUGAAAAUAAACCAGAUCCAGUCUGUGUUUUACGACCAAAGAAGGCACGUCAGCACAUCAGAAGAAGACAGAAGAGCUCCGAAAAUAUACACAAAAACUGGAGAUAAAGGCUUUUCCAGUACUUUCACAGGUGAGAGGAGACCAAAGGAGGAUCAAAUAUUUGAUGCUUUGGGAACAACAGACGAAUUAUCAUCUGUAAUAGGGUUGGCAAGAGAAUUUUGUAUCGACAAAGGUCAUUCAUUUACAGAUCAGUUGGAUAAGAUUCAAUGUGUCCUACAGGAUGUGGGAUCAAACAUUGCUACUCCUCUAUCAUCAGCUAGAAACAGUCACAUCACUAAAACAAAGUUCAGCUCCCAGCCUGUGACUGAAUUGGAGAGAUGGAUUGAUUCAUUUACAGAAGAGCUGCCUCCUCUCACUAACUUCAUACUACCUUCAGGAGGUAAAAGCAGCGCAGCUUUGCAUGUGGCCAGAGCGGUUUGUCGAAGGGCAGAACGCUGUGUUGCCCCUGUUGUCCGUUCUGGAGAGGCAGAUCCUGAAGUUGCCAAAUAUCUGAACAGAUUGAGCGACUAUUUGUUCACAGCGGCUAGAUAUGCUGCAAUGAAAGAGGGCAAUGUAGAAACAAUCUACAAACGACCUGGGUAGAAGAGGAACACAGCUCAAUGUCUUGGCUAAUAUUUGAACUAUGGACCUUAAUCCAAAAACAUUUGCUCUAGAAAAUUGUCACUACUAUACGCUGUACAUUUAACUUCUCAAUACAGGAACAGCAGACAUUAGGGUGACAAAGUAUUUUUACAAAAAAGAACAUGGAAGAAAGCAUAGACUGAAACGUCUGCUAUUUCGUCUGGUUUUAAAGGGACACUCUACUUUUUUUGAAAAUAUGCUCAUUUUCCAGCUCCCCUAGAGUUAAACACUUGAUAUUUUAAUGUUUUGGAAUCCAUUCAGCUGGUCUCCAGGUCUGGUGGGACCACUUUUAGCAUAGCUUAGCAUAAUCCAUUGAAUCUGAUUAGAUAAAAAAUGAUAAACUCUAGGGGAGCAGGAAAAUAAGCCUAUUUUCAAAAAAAGUGGAGUGUCCUUUUAAGACACAUGGCACCUUUUCACUUUUUUACAUUGCAUAUAUAAAAUUAAAGGAACAUAGACCAUUUUGUCUGAUUGCAUGUUUUAAAUUUGUGCAGACAAAAAAAUAAAAUAAAAAUAAAUGUGUGCUGACAA